AUGGGUUUAUUUCAUCACGACUCUGAAGAGUCUCGUGCGUCUGACCAGAUCAACGAGUUAAAUCAAGAAGGUGGAAAUGAAGAACAUCAUAAAGCAAAGUUUUCUCAUGAAUUAUUGAGCGGAGCGGCCGCGUACGAAGCUGCCAAAGCUUAUGAAGAUCACAAGAAAAAGAAUGGGAAACCUUCAAAUCAUGCUGAGGCGAAAGAGAUUGCAGCAGGUCUCGCCGGGUAA